GGCGAUGAUGCUGUGUGCGGGAAGCCGAAACGUGGGAGACGCAAAGGAUGUUGUUGCACGGGCCGAGCGUUCGGUUGUUAGAACUUUGACAGCUCAUAUCUCUUGUUGACAUUUUGGUCGACUCUCUCAUAACACGUCCCCAAGACCACGAUGCACAUGUAUAACCUGCUCCUGAGCUUCUUCGUGGUCUCUGCUCGAAGCGUAUUGCUCGAUUUAUCUUGUUGUCGUCGCAUGUCGUGGUGUUUCGCGGCAUUGCAGUCGGCGUCGGGCGGAGCUCAGGGAUUGGGAUUUCGGUACGGCGCAAGCCAAAACUACCUCUGCGAGCAGCGUCCACUGGAUCUUGCGUUGCUCAUGGCCGACUCCGCUGAAGUUGCACGCUUUGCCUGAACGUUGCUUUUGCGGCUAUGCUGAGGAUUGCCAGACUUCCCGGUGGUCUUGGGAGGUGGGACCGCCUAUAAGACGCUCUCUUUCUUCUUUCUUCUUUCUCUUCCUCUUCUUCUUCUUCAUCUUUACGACGCCUUGCAAAAGUACUCGUAAAAUUUGCCAAGAAAGCUUAAACUUUUUCGAAGCCAAGAACAACUCAACAUCAACCAACCCAAGCACAACUCAACAACAACCCAACAACAACCCAACAACAACCCAACAACAACCCAACUCAAGAGUCCUCAAGAGUCCAACUCAAGAGUCCAACUCAAGAGUCCAACUCAAGAACCCAUCUCAAGAACCCAACAACAACCCAACUCAAGAACCCAACAACAACCCAACUCAACAACCCAACUCAACAACCCAAAUCACCACCAUCAGACGCCAGCAUGUCUUGCGGACUCCGACUCCCAAGCCUGUUCAGCUUCUUCCUCAAGAAGAAGCCCAGCACCCAGUUCGACGACCAAGAAAAGCCUUUGCCUUCGCGUAAGGUGAAGCCAAUUCUUGGCGUCUAUGACAUCCAUCUGACUUGCGGAUGUGUCUGUCACUGGGAUGCUGCCGAGCGUCAAAAAUUACCAAUCAGUUUUCGCUCGGGUGGUAAGAUCCAGUUUGACCCCAUCCCACCUCAUGAGCCUCACUGACCUUGGCUCAGAAGGCAAAGUCUUUGAGACUGUCGGCCGCACCGCGAUGCGUCCCCCCAGCGCUGCCGGCGAUUGCCCCCUCCACCCCCAUGACGAUCUCGUCAAAGACCACAUCUAUGCCAUGUGCAUUCACCCGCCAGAGGGAUCGAUGUCGUCUGCGGGGGUGGAGGUCAAGACUGGAAGGCAAGCCUUCGAGAUCUUGAGGAAAACGGCACGUCGGCAAGAGACUGAAUGAUUCUCUGUGAGAUCUUCAGGAGAAGCGCGUACUGGCAGUUGUGGCGAUCCCACUUCGAGUCAGAUGGCGCAGAGCCGACCUUAAUUGGGACGCUCGCUAAACAUACUGGUCACUCUUUUGGUGUUUUCCAGGGCAAGCGCGUACUGU